GAUGUAACUAUGUUAUAUAUAAGGCAAACAACUUUUAUUUCACAAGGAGAAAAUAUCGCCUUACAAUGUUAAUAAUUAAUGGUAUAAGUAACAUGUUACAAGUGAUACCUGAUUUUUUUUUUUUUUGGUAAAUUCCAAUAAUGAAGUCUAACAUUCAUUUUAUUUCUCUUCAGAAAUACAGAUUCAUUCUAACUGUGGAAUUCAGAAACUAUCUACAAAGUUGUACGUGUUUGUCUAAGCAGUUCGAGCUACAGUCAAGGUGUUUGUACAACUGAGAUAUUAUUAGUAGGCACAGAGCCUAAGCUAGUGAUGUCAUCACUUGAUAAAGAUUAUCCAUGGUCCCAAGGAGACAUUCUGAAGUUACUGGAAUGCAUCAAGAAAAAUAUCCCCUCAGAUGACUCCAGAUCAUUCAAAAAAACCCAGGAAGACCUAGACUGGGGCAAAGUGGCUUUUAAACAUUUUUCAGGAAAAAUGUGCAAACAAAAGUGGAAGCAACUUUCUCAUACUUUGAGGAAGGUCCGCACACUGUCAGAAUUAGUGCUAGAAGCCAGUGAACAUCUGAAACAACAGCCCAAAAGGAAGAAACAUCCUGACUUCCCCAAAAGACCCCUGACUGCCUAUCUGCGCUUCUACAAGGAGCAGCGGGCUAAGUACUCUCAGCGCUAUCCUAAAUACAACAACUCGCAGCUGGCCAAACUCCUGGCUGAGAAAUACAAUCAGCUGCCAGGGGAGAUCAAGGAGAAAUAUAUUCAGGACUUCCGGAAGGAGAAACGGGACUUUGAGGAAAAAGUGACUAAAUUCAAGAGAAGCCAUCCUGAUGUAGAGCAUUGUAAGAAAUCUGUGGUGCGCAGGAGCCAGGAAACCAAAGUCCCUAAGAAAUCACAAAGAGGUAUGGAAAACGUGAAGUUGCCUCCAAAGACAGAUCUUCCCAAAACAUUACCCUCGGUGAUGAAAUUUCAGGGAGAACCCAAGAAACCCCCUAUGAAUGGAUACCACAAAUUUCACGAAGAUAUGUGGUCAAGUCUGGAGCUGAGCCAUCUACCCUGCAGGGAGCGCUGGGUUGAGAUUAGCAGAAGAUGGCACAAAGUCCCAAAGAGCCAGAAAGAGCACUAUGACAGCCAGGCCGAGGAGCUACAGAAACAAUACCGGGUGGACAUGGACCUCUGGCUCAAGGGAUUGUCAUCUGAGGAGUACACCGCCUACAGAGAGGCAAAGGCCACCUACGGUAAGCGAAAGAACUUUGCCAUGUCUGGAGGCAGAAGCCCCAAGUGUGGACAGACAGAUCAGCAGUCUGCUUCAGCUGAGGAGCAGCAAAAAAGGCCUGGGGAAAUGCAAGGGCUGCUGGCUCCUGGAACAGAUUCCUCAGAGACUGUUCAGGGCGCUGAUGGUGGCUCCCAGGUAUCCAGGCAGAAUAUGAUGGAAGAUGGAGAAGAGGAAGACUCUAGCAGCUCCUCGGACGACUCUAGCAGCUCCUCGGACGACUGGAACAGCUCCUCAGAGGACUCCAGCAGCUCCUCGGAGGACUCUAGCAGUACAGAUGAAGAUGAAGAUGAAGAUGGCCCUACGGUGGAGGCGCAAGCCUCUGAUCCCAGCACUGACGAAGUAGAGGCAGGCAGA